UUCUCAUAAUUGGUGCGUAUUCAUGGCGCCAUUUUGUUCUAUUUUUUAAAAAUAUAAGUUUUGAAGGAUUACGUAAUACAAAUAGAUACAAGAAAUCAAUGUUUUAACUUUUUUAAUUUUUUUUAAUUUUAAAUGUCGAUGUAAGAUACUCGCGAUUAAAGUGCAGCCGAACAAAAGUGUACGUUAAAAAAUCUACAAGUGGCGGAAAAAAGAAAAUUUCAAUAUGAUUCCGAGAUUUCCACAAAAAAAAGUAUAAUGUGACUUAUGAGCGUUUAAAAAUAAAUAAUUUAGUGCGACAUUGACAGCCAAUAAGAGUCAGGCAAAUGGACCCUUUAACACUCUACAAGGAUAUCGUUUAUAUUCUUCAAUAGUCGUAUGUUUAUCAUUGUCGCGCGAUGACAUGUACAUAUAGCGAACAGCGAGACAACGACUUAGAUCACAAUUUGAAGCCGUAUAGGAGGAAAAGAUUGGAUAAAGAAAAUCGCAAUCUGUCGAAUCUUAUUAAAAUUAAGCAGAGAAGUGCUAAACAAGUAUCCACGAUGUGUUUUACUAUAAUGAUGCAAACUAUAAAGCGAAUAUUCCAUUCGGCAUAUUUAUGUAUAGCUAUUUUUGUUUUUAUCUUAUGCAUACCAGUUUAUAUGAUAUUAGGACCGACCAAUGAUAAACAUACUGCAAUAAAUGAAAAAAAAAACAAACGCACCAAAAAAUGGAUAUAUAACUUGGCUGAUGAAAUAAAAGAAACAAUAUCACCCACAAAAAACUUUGAAGAUUUGAAUACUUCCGAAAUGAACAUUGACUUUAAAAUUGCGCUGCUUGCAGUAGUACCAAUAAUAUUAGCGUUAAUGUACUGUUGUUUUUUCGGAAAACUUCUCAAUUCCACUCGCGAUGCCGAUCCAGCUGUCGAUAGACGCAAUGUGCCAGUCCAUUAUCGAAACGAAAUUAGAAUAGUGUUCGGAUCGGGUGAACACUUAUCAGACGACGAAAUGGAAACUGCACUUUGAUGUUUUACGCAUUGCCGCAAUUCACAUAACUGUGAUAUUGAUAAAGUCUCUUAAGUACGAUAUGAAGUUCGAAUAUCAAUUUCAAAUUUUCUAGACAAUGCGUGUGUUGUAAAGCAUGAUUAAUUUUUAAUAAAUAUAUUAUGUAACGACAAAAAGAGAAACUGUUGCAAACAUAAAUAAUUUU